AUGUCAAAUUACUCUCGUUCAAUGGAAUCUAGUACUCGUUCAAAUACUGUUAAUAAUACAUCAACACCAAAUUUAAAAGCUAUACAAGCGGCUGUUGGUAAAUCAAGUUUGGUGCUCAGAUUUGUCAGUGAUGAAUUUCAAGAAAAUAAAGAACCAACAAUUGGUGCCGCAUUUUUAACACAAAAAUGUCCUUUGGAGGACAAAGUGAUCAAAUUUGAAAUUUGGGAUACUGCUGGACAAGAAAGAUUUCAUUCUUUAGCUCCAAUGUAUUAUAGAAACGCCCAAGCUGCUGUUGUUGUUUAUGAUGUAACAAAAUCUGCUUCUCUUGAGAAAGCAAAGUCUUGGGUAAAAGAACUUCAACGUCAAGCGAAUCCAAAUAUUGUUAUUGCCCUUGCAGGUAACAAGAUAGACCUUGUCCAGAAUAUUGAAGUAAGCGAGGAUGACCCUACAGAAAAUCCGAGACAAGUCUUGACUGAAGAAGCAAAAGCUUAUGCUCUUGAAGCUGGUUUAUUAUUUUUUGAAACUAGUGCUAAAAAAGGUGACGGUGUUAAAGACGUUUUCAAGGAAAUUGCCAAAAAAAUCCCUCUUGAACACAUCAUGUCUGCUCGUCCUGGCACAAGAACAGGUGUAAACACUGAUCAUCGAAUAAAUUUGAAUCAACAUGGAGUUGGACCAUAUGGCAGACCAAAUGUUACUAGAGAUUCUAAUGGUUGUUCUUGUUAA